AUGCUUAUGGGACUUUCUUCAAGCCCUGGGGCGAAGACUACUGUGGAUUACACGGAAAACACUGCCAACGUCAAAAAGAAGGAAACGAGCCUCUACAAAAGGAAGCUUGAAGUGGUGCAGGAAAUUAUUCAGUUGUCAGGCACAGAGAGUCUGUCUAAGGAGAACAUAUCUUCAGUGAGACAGCUUUUCACAGAUGGAUCUUAUGUUUCUGUUCCUUCUCCCCUGGGAAAGAUCAAAAGUAUGACUAAAGAGAAGGCAGAUGUGCUUCUCCUGAGAGCAAGUCUUCCAUCAAAUUUCCACCUUCAACUUUCUGAACUGGAGUUUAAGGAGAUUAUUGGAUCAGGCUCCUUUGGAAAGGUCUACAAAAGAAGGUGCCGCAAUAAGAUAGUUGCAGUUAAACGGUACCGCGCAAAUACAUACUGCUCAAAGUCAGAUACAAGUAUGUUCUGUUGGGAGGUGUCCAUUCUGUGUUGUCUCAACCACCCCUGUGUGAUCCAGUUUGUGGGAGCAUGUUUGGACGACCCCAGUCAGUUUGCCAUUGUAACCCAAUAUGUGGCCGGAGGAUCACUGUUCUCAUUGUUACACGAGCAGAAGAGAAUCAUCGAUCUGCAGUCCAAGCUCAUCAUUGCCAUUGAUGUAGCCAAGGGCAUGGAGUAUCUGCACAAUCAGACCCAACCAAUCAUUCACAGAGACCUCAACAGGUUAGUCACCAUCAUCAUCAUCAUCAUCAUCAUCAUCAUCAUCAUCACAUGCUUCGUUCAGUAAUCAUGGUGUUUCUCUGUCCAUUUGUGUAAACCGUCCUAUUACAUGGUAGGCAGCAGGAUGAAAUGUGGCAUUCUGAGCUCUUUGUUUUAAACCUCCUUUCAUCCAAUGAUAUCUUUUUCAGUCAUAAUAUUCUACUGUAUGAAGAUGGACAUGCUGUGGUGGCUGAUUUUGGAUGCGU